AUGGUAGAGGUGCAACAGCUGCGGGUGCAGAAGGAGGUGGACUCCAUGGUGAAGAGACUGGAGCGUCCAACAUCUGGAAGAUGCAGAGUGUAUUUCCGGUGCAGUGCCAGCUGCUGUGGGGACACCCAGGUGCACCGGUGCAUUGAGCGCUGCCAUGCACUGCUGGCCCAAGCCCAGGCCCUGGCAAUGGGGGAGCUGGAGAAGUUCCAGGACUGCCUGGCCCAGUACACCAUGCAUUGCAACGACAAAGUCAAAGAUUCACUGGAUGCAGGGAGUAAAGAGCUUCAAGUGAAAAGACGGCUGGAGAAUUGUGUGACCAAGUGUGUGGAUGACCACAUACAUCUCAUCCCAACCAUGACCAAGAAGAUGAAAGAGUCUCUCUCAUUCACUGAAAACCAGAAGUCUGUGCCUCAGACCCUGGAGAAUAAGGGCAAGAGUCUCUUUGAAAGAGAAAAAUGGGAAUAUUCCUACAGCAAAAUUUUGUAA